AUGAAAUCAGACCUAAAGAUCCGAUACGAUGCAGAGAGUGUGGCUACAGACUUCUUUACAAAAAGAGAACUCGAAGAGGUAUGUCGAUUAAAACCAAUAUCAUUGUGUUACCAACGUUUUUUAAGAAAUGGUUUUUGA